CUUUGUCUUUUUUUGUGUGUGUUUUUCAUCGCAAUGAUGAAUUCACUUCUCAACCAAAAAAAAACCUGUCAAGUAUGCAAGAAAUCAUUUUCAAACGGGAAAGCUCUAGGUGGUCACAUGAAAUCUCAUCGAAAACUUUCUCCCGAAUCAUCAACUAGCUCGAUCACUUCAUCACUACGACCGCGCAUCAACCUUGGAGCAAACAUCAGAACUCAUGAAACAGUUUUGAUGAGAUCUGUCGUCCACACCAAUGAAGUUGUUGGUGGUCAGACACCAGAUCUAAACAAAGAAGGUGAACAACAAGUAACUACUCUCAAGAAAAAGCUCGUCCUCGAUUUAGAUAAGGAAAAUUCUACAGAAUCUCCAGCUUUAUGUCUUUUACAAAUGAAAGACAUGUGGUCAAAAAGUUGUCAGAAUCCAAAGUCGACUGAUAGUUUGAUAUCAACUAGAAAAGGAAAAGAUAUUGAAAUAGAUUCUGAAGAAGAUAUAGAAGAUAGUGAUGACGAGUACGUUGUUGAAGAUGAAGAUAAUAAAGAUGGAGAUGCACUUAAGUUUCUUACUUCAGAUGUGGGAUACCUAACAGCAGACAGCGAUGAAAAUGAUGACAAUUAUGGUGAUGAAAACGCACAUUACGGUACAAAAGAAAGAAAAGGUAAGAAACAAAGUAAAUAUAGGUGUGAUAUAUGCGGAAAAAUUUUACGUUCGUAUCAGGCAUUGGGAGGUCAUCGAACGAGUCACAGUAACAAAAAAUUGAAGAUCUCCGACCAAGAUGCGCCAGCGGUUCGACGACAUUAUGAGUGUCAAAUCUGUAAUAGAGUGUUUGAAUCUGGUCAAGCACUUGGUGGUCACAAAAAGAUUCAUUAUAUGUUCCUCCAACCGUUUAACUUCUCGACUUCCGCCAAGUGAUCAUAGAUUCUAUGAGGCGUUUGU